AUGAAACUUUUAUUUGUCCUUCUCGCAAUUUUGGCAUUCUGCGAUGCUUGCGGUUUUCUUGGGGGCGGCGGCGGUUGCUGUGGUGGAUGUGGCGGAGGAUGUGGAAGAAGAAAAAAGAGAAGUGCUGAAAUGGAAGAUCACAUCAAAAGUUCAGACGAAGACAUGCUAUGCAAUAGUCCAGAAUUAAAACAAGUCAUUGUGAAUAGUAUGCAAAGCUCCGCUUUUGAAUCCAGCAAAAUCCUUCAACAAACAUUGGAAGACUUCGAACCAAAUAGAUAUGUUAUAAUAUGUUCCGAACAUCCAUUUCAUUAUACAGUUCGACAUGACACGGCAUAUUGUGGAGCAAGAAAUGGAACACAUUAUUGUCAAGCUUUUAUAAUUUGA